AUAAAUUAAAUAAAUAAAUAAAAAUUGGAAAAAAGAAAAGCGAAUCUCAUUCAAGUUCGUACAGACACAGCCUAACAUCAAGCAGAGAGGAGAGAGAGAGGCACGGAAGAGAGAGAAAGAGAGAGAGUGUGAAUCAAACCACCAUUAUCAUCAACCAGAUCAGAGCUCCCAGACGAGGAUUUUAAGGAAGACGAGGAUUUCGAGGGAGGACUGGGUGAAGACAUACCUGUGUGCUUGCAUCGGAGCUGAUUUUUGCGAUGAGGAGCCCGAGCUCGGCGGCGGCUGCGGGGGCAGGGGGUGGUGGUGGGAAGACUACGCCGUGCUGCAGCAAGGUGGGGCUGAAGAGGGGGCCAUGGACUCCCGAGGAGGACGAGCUGCUGUCCAGCUACAUAAAGAGGGAAGGGGAGGGCCGGUGGCGGACCCUCCCCAAGCGCGCCGGCCUUCUCCGCUGCGGCAAGAGCUGCCGCCUCCGCUGGAUGAACUACCUCCGCCCCUCAGUCAAGCGCGGCCAGAUCGCCCCCGACGAGGAGGACCUCAUCCUCCGCCUCCACCGCCUCCUCGGCAACCGGUGGUCUCUGAUUGCGGGGAGGAUCCCUGGGCGAACCGACAAUGAGAUAAAGAACUACUGGAACACUCACCUCAGCAAGAAGUUGAUCAGCCAGGGGAUUGAUCCCCGCACCCACAAGCCCCUCAACCAGGACCAACGCACCGACAACAGCAACAACGAGUCCCCGGAUGCAAACUCGACUGCAAAAGAAGUUUCCUCAUCGAAGAAGCCAUUGAUCAAUCACAGCAUCCCAUCCCCGUCCCCCACCUCGAACCCUAACUCCGCGUCCUCAGGAAUUGAAGAAAUCGACAAGGAGCUUUUGCCAGACCCCAACCCUACCACCGAGUUCGAAAACAGCUUCCCCAUCAACAACUUACUCCCCAAGUACACCGACGGGAUGAGCAACACUAUGAUGAGGAUCGGCAGCCAUGUGCUGGCAAGUCAUGAAGCUGAAGAAGACAUCAACAAUUACUGCACCGACGAUGUGUUCUCGUCUUUCCUCAACUCUCUGAUCAACGAGGAGGCCUUCACUGCUAGCCACCACAGUCAGCUGCAUCAGCAGCCUCCAUUCCACGUGGCUUCUUCUUCAUCCGAUACCCUGAUGAUCUCAAAUCCUAUAUCAGCUCUCGGGCUUGGCUGGGAAUCUGCAAUCAUGUCCUCGACAUUUAGCCAGAAUAAUAGUGAAGCCCCAAAGAGAGUAGAUAAUUAUGGUAAUGGUCACAUCGAAUAGCAUUUUCAGCGACGCAGCUCGUGAUCGAAACGGGAUAUGGUGCAUGCCAAUAUUGUUCUAGGGUUUGUGGCAGUAUUCUGUUAUUGCAAUUAUUAUAUGUGUCUAGCUAUGAUGAAUGUAAUGUAAUUUCCACUUCUGGAUGAUCAGCUUCUGCCUUUUAAUCUCGCAGAUGAUCUGCUGGUGUAAUGGUAUAUCAUUUGUAUCUUAAUAUUGUACAAAAAAAAAGCCAAAAAAACUUGAAGAAUUCUUAUGUAUUGAUUACUGUAAAUUAUUACUGUCGUG